UCUCCGUUUGCUCUCUUCUUCUUUGAUCUGUUGCUCAGAGACGACAAUGGCUGCACAGCAAAAUCCGUUACCGCAAGGAGGUAAUAUCUCUGUCCCUCUAUGUACCCGAUUCGCUCCUAAUGCCAGAGAGGUAAUUGAGGAGUUUUUGCUACCAACACUCUCGCAAACACCACCAUUACGUGGUACGGGUUUAAUAGAAUUUGGUGAGUUAGGGCUGUUCAUUUCGGGUCAGCGUCCAUGGGAGCCAACUGCCUAUCCAUAUUUCCAUGUGAACCACUUUUGGUUGUUUGUUCGACGAUGGUCGUACGAGUCUAGCAGAGAUGUUGGUUCAUUUGGGAAGUGGAAAGUUGCAGGAAAGGCGACAGGUAUUCACAGUCAAGAUGGUCGAUUCAUCAUAGGCUAUGUGCAGAAAUUUGACUUGGUGAAAGACGGACUCAGAACUGGUUGGUAUCAGCAUGAAUAUAGACGUUACUCCAAUGCCACUUUUGAAGAGGUGGUUAUUAGUCAUUUGGUAUAUGAUUCCUCUAAACGUGACCUGGCGCCUGAUCAUAUUUACCAUGGAGGUCCUGAUCAGAAUGUUGUUGGUCUCCAACCUGCAGCUCAGAAUGUUAAUCCCAAGCAUCCAGUGAUGAUCCCUAAGAUGGAGUGA